AUGGACGUUCCGGAAGAAGAUGACGUUCAGAUCUCCAAGCGUCAGGCCAUUCAGGCAAUCAUGAAAGAUACGUCAUUGUUACCUCAGGAGAAACAACAAAAGAUUCAAGAGUUCAUGGCAGGAGGAGCAAAGACAGAAGAAUCCGCAAAGGCGGCGGAAUGUAUACCAUUAUCUCGACAGGAUGAUUCCUCGUCGUCAAUGGAGACGAAACAAAUGAAAGUUGUAUCAACCAUGUCAGGGUCAAAUGUUUCAGAUUCAACACCUCAACCGCCAUACGCAGCACCACGGGCAACUUCUGAACAUGUCGGCUCGGAAGCUAGCGCCGGCGUACCACGCUCAAACUUGGCAUCAAUUAGUCCACCUAGAUCACCUAUGCAUCCUGGUGGUGAUGAGUGUCCAUCUCGACAGGAAUUGGUUAGAGAGAUCAUGAACAAUAUCUCCUUGACAACACAAGAGAAGCAACAAAAAGUCCGCGAUAUGAUGGCUAGUGCUAGUGCUGCAGCACCAUCUCACCCGUCAACAGCAAGAAUAUCCAGAAGAUCAAUGCAAAUGCCAUUUGCCCCAUUGAGUGCUGGAGCAGGUUCCGUUAGAAGAAGCUUCCAAGUCCCGUCAUCUCCACUUGUGGGAGCUUCUUCGGCAUCUGGAAGUGCUGCCGAUCCGGCGGCUCGCAAAAUGGCACGACAAUUAGCAGCUGCAUCAGCUCGACUGUCUCUUCAGGUUCCCAUGCAAAGUCCUACCCGAUCAAGAGAGGCCAGCCUUCCUCCAGCUCCUGCUCUUGAGGACGCCGAGAAUGAAGAUAAUAGUGAAGGACUCAAACCGAAAUCUCGUCAAGACUUGGUCAGAGCGAUAAUGCAAGAUUCCUCCUUGGCUGCUCAAGAAAAACAACAGAAAGUUCGGGAUAUCAUGUCAAGUGGGACACCAUCGACACCAACAGGUCCGUCCGCAAGAAGAUCGUUGAAUAUGCAAUCAGCUCCGAUGAGUGCACCUUCUGCGAGGCGAUCCCUGCAAGUGCCAUCUUCUCCAUUGGUCGGAGCUGCUGCCGUGUCAACGGGAGCAAUCGACCCAGCAGCUCGUAAAAUGGCAAGAGCGUCAGCUCGAGGAAGCAUUUCUUCACCCCUAGUGUCACCAGAAGGACGAAAGUCAGUUGGACACAGAUUGUCGCUUCAGGCUCCCAUGCAAGCGCUGCCUGGAGGAGGCGUUCGGAAAUCUCUUGAAUCAGUCCCUCAUGCGCCGCCUCUUGACAAUAGUGAAGAACGCGAACCAAAAUCUCGCCAAGACUUGGUCAGAGAGGUAAUGAAAGACUCUUCCUUGACUGCACAAGAAAAGCAGCAAAAGGUUCGGGAUAUCAUGUCAAGCGGGGCACCAUCAACACCAACAGGUCCGUCCACGAGAAGGUCAUUGAAAAUGGAGUCGGCUCCUACGAGUGCACCGUCUACGAGACGUUCCUUGCAUGUGCCAUCUUCUCCAUUGGUCGGAGCUGCUGCCGUAUCCACGGGAGCAAUCGACCCAGCAGCUCGCAAAAUGGCACGCGAGGCUUCUCGUUCUUCGCCCCUAUUGUCGCCAGGACGCAAGAAGUCGGUUCAGUCUUCCAUGCAAUCACCAGGCUCGGCGACAGCAAGAACGCCGCUUCAGGCUCCCAUGCAAUCGCCAGGUGCAGCUAGAAGAUCAUUGAUUCCUCCCGCUCCUCCAAUUAUGGAAGAGGAAGAUGGAGAAGAAGAUUCACCCAAAUUGUCUCGGCAGGACAUGGUCAAACAAAUAAUGUCAGACUCGUCCUUGUCAACCCAAGAGAAGCAAGCAAAGGUUCGAGAUGUCAUGUCGCAGAAACCAUCGGUCGAUGCCAAUUCAAAUGCAACGCUGCACAAUUCUAGAAGCUCACUGCAAAUUCCGCCAAUGUCUCCUCUGCAAGAAGACGUCCAGGCCAAGUUGGGCGAUGGAGAAGAUAUACAGGAUGGACUCAUUUCCGAUGAGGCAUCGUCUGGUUCUAAAAGGAAUUCGAAUGCCCAAGUUGGUGCCGCGUUGGUUGGCGCUGCUGCGGUGGGUGCUGCCUCGGCACCAUCGAUAGACCCCGCCACUCGAAAACUCCAACGAGAAUCCAGUCGAAACCAAACGUCGGGAUCUAAUCAAAGCCGUCGAAGCUUGAACGUUUCAGGACAUGGGUCCGUUGGUUCUUCGAAAAGCUUGCUUCGUAAUUCGAAUCAUGGCCAACGGGCACCAGCUCCGGACGCGAUGAGGCAAUCGAUGAUUCAAUCAGUGAGGCAAGACCGAGAGCUCACCGAAGAAGAGAAAGAGGAACAAAUUCAUGAGAUAGUUUCUGGAAAUGCUGGUAUGGGUGUCGUAUCAACCGAGUCAUAUCAGCUCUCAAGUCGUCAUCCAACCGCAAAUUCCGAACUUGAAGUCGACGAUGAGUCAGCAAAGCCAGAGAUGGACGAGAACGGGGAAGAACCGGAAGUUGUUAUUGAUGCUGAUGAAGGAGGAGGCGCGACAUCACAAGUUCCUGCCGAGGUUGCGGCAUUCGUGGCAAAUCAGGAUUUCGCCAGAAAUGCUGUCAUUCCUACCGAUGUAGUUACAACAGAUGACAUUGAGGAGGAGGAGGAUCUUCGGAAACGAAGGUUUUUGUGGGCUGGGUGCUGUUGCUUCUGCAUGUUGAUCAUCGCAAUCGUUGUGCCAUUAGUUGCUCUUGCACCCGAAAAAGAUUCUGCCAUCGUGUUGGAACAAGAGCCUAGUGCAGCACCGUCCCUGUUCCCAACACAGGCGCCAUCGGCCCCACCAACUCCCGGUGCAGUUUUGGAACUUCUUUUGGAGCUUGAAGCUCUCUAUCCGAGCUACGAUGACUAUUUGCAGGCAUUCAAUAGCAGCGAGACGAUUCAGUAUAAAGCACUCUAUUGGGCAACCAGCGAAGGGAAUCAAGGUGGCCUCUCAGGCUUCGAUCCUCGUAUGGUCAGUCGAUUUGCCCUUGCAACUUUCUACUUUGCUACAAACGGUGAUGGCUGGGUACGAUGCCAACGCGAUGGUACGAAUUGCGACCCCGGUGCAGAGUGGCUAUUAGCUGAUGACGAGUGCGGUUGGCUGGCAAUUGCCUGUGCUGACGGCACAACUGAUGUCACCCAGAUUUUUUUCCCCCCUACCGGACAAGCUGGUGAAAACAAUGUUGCAGGUACCUUACCUUUUGAAUUGUCGUUCUUGACAGAUUUGACAAGAAUCACCAUAUCACGGAACAAUAUCGGUGGUUCUAUCCCCGCGUGGACUGAUUUGACAAAGCUCGAAGCAGUCAUUUUGAGCGAGAAUCAACUUACGGGAGAAUUGCCGUCGUCCUUGAUCAACAAUAAUCAAAAUCUGCGCCAGAUUAGGCUCCAAGGCAAUCAGAUCUCGCAGUUACCGCAAGAUCCAAUUCGGUCUUCAGGCUUGACUCUACUGGAUCUUCAGAACAAUGCUUUGUCAGGCCCAAUACCUGAAGGGAUUCAAGGCUUGAGUGCUUUGCAAACACUUGACCUUCGAGGGAAUAGUUUGAAUAGCACGGUACCUGAAGGGCUAUUUCAAAUAGACUCUCUGAGGAAUCUCUAUUUGGCUGACAAUGCGCUCUCUGGUAAUAUCUCGGCAUCUUUCGAGUUGCUGACCAGUAUUCGGAGAAUGGAAUUGGCUGGCAACAACUUGACCGGUGAAAUUCCAGCCGGAUUAUGUGCAUUCAAGACAGACCCUGGUGAUCUAUCCUUUUUGACCGCUGAUUGCGACAAAGUAAUUUGCGCUUGUUGCGACAAUGAUUGUUCUGCAUAG